AAGGGCUGCUGCUUGUUCCCUUCAAAUGAGGAUCUUUGCUUCUCUCCAUCACAACAAGCAUCAUUUUUGAUUGAUUGAUUGAUUGAUAAAUUCAUGCAUCAUGCCUUCACCUACAAGAAAUGUUGAUGAUUUUCUAAUAAGGGAGAUCGUGCUCACGCACGACCCUGAUGAUCAGCAGCAGCUCGAUCCCGACCUGCUGCUGACUCUAGUAGAGGCCAUUUUCAGCUGCAUGACAGAGAAUCCAACCGAUUUUGAUCAAGACACGUUCUUCGACUAUGAUCUAUCUGCAUCAGAGGAGCCGGUUUGUCGCACCAUAUACAAGGUCUCGAACGAGAUGCUUGCGCGUUGCAUUGGGGGCGAAGAUCUGCACAGAAGCACGAUACAGAUACUUGAAGUGCUUGGCCCCUUUAGAUGGGAUGCCAAAAUGGUGGUGGCUCUAGCUUCCUUCACGCACAGCUAUGGCGUGUUCUGGCUUGUUUUGCAGAUGCAGUCAGAAAAUGCAUUAUCCCAUUUGCUUGCAGUAGUGAGGCGAAUCCCUAGCACGGUCACAUUCAUGAGGCCGAGGUUUAAGGCCUUGAAUCUGCUGGUUGGGACCAUUUUGAGGCUGACUAGGUUGCUGAUCAGCUACGAGUCCUGGUCCGCCAUGCACGAGAUGGUGGAUAAUCAAGAUAGGGAGAUGACGAGGUCGAAGAUCUGCUUGGCAUGCUACUGGAUCUGUAGAAGCUUACUGGUUUGCUUUUCACAGAUUGCGGAUUUGAGAAACUUUAGCCUUGAGCAAGUGUGUUCAGACAGAGCUGUUGUCGCAGCAUGGGGGCUUUACAGUCUAGGCAACAAGUUGAGUUGUUUGUGCAAUGAUCUUGGAGAAUGUAUUGAUACAUGCCAGCAGCAAAUAGAAAGAAGGCUGUAUGAGAAACUGCUUCAUGUGUUUGAGGAGAAGGGAGACAGUCAGAAGGCGCUGUGCGCCUUCUUCUCUUGGCAGGAUGAGUUUCCUUUCAAGGAUUGUUCUUCAAAAAAGAUUGGCAUUCUUGAAUUGAAGAGUAAGACAGUUCUGCUCUUGAUCACAAAGCCUGAUCUGCUCCCUUUAGACAAAGCAUAUUUUCUAGUACAGCAAACAACUGGUGCAGAGGAUUGUGUGGUGCUGUGGGUCCCAGUUCCGUCUACAAACGGGUGGAGCUCGGCUGCUAAGACGAGCUUCGAGUUCUUCUCAAGUCGCGUGCCAUGGCUCUCUGUCCGAAGGCCGUGGUCGCUGCAUCCAGCUGUUGUGAGCUUCUUCAGGCAGGAGUGGGGACUCGGAGAUGAUCCGGUUUUGGUCGUGUUGAACAAAGAUGGUCUCGUUUCCAACACAAACGCGAUGGAUAUGGUGUGGAUAUGGGGGCCUAGAGCUUUUCCCUUCACCAGUGAGAGGGAAAAAGAGCUGUGGGAGCAAGCAAAUUGGACAGUAGGCCUCUUGGUUGAUGGGAUCAGCCCCUUAUUGUCUCAAUGGAUUGAGCAAGACAGGAACCUCUGCAUUUAUGGGAGUGACAACAUAGAUUGGAUCAGAAACUUCAGCCAAAAGAUAAAGAAAAUACGAGCAUUAGGGUUCGAUCUUGAAGCCGUAUACGUUGGGUGCAAGAAUCCUGGUGAAAAUGUGAGGAGCAUCAUACACACCAUUGAUCAAGAAGAUCUGAGCAGUUCCAUCACUUUCACCAGUAUAGAUUUCUUCUGGUUUAGGCUCGAGACCUUAGAAAGAUCGAUAGGGCAGCAGGGCCAGGCUGGCAGAUGUGAUGAGAUCGCAGCCCGGGUAGGGGAGCUGCUGGAUUCGGGAAGCAAAGAUGGAUGGGGGGUGAUCGGGAAGGGGUGGUCAAAAGACGUGGUGAUGCUCGAGCAAGGAGUGCUUGAGCAAGGCCUCGAGGCCUUGCAUAUGUGGCGUGGAAAUGAGACGGUGACGGGCUUGGCGGGCGCCCUCAGGGCCGCCCUCGAGGGUCCGGGUGAUGGUAGGGGGUGCAGGCAUGAUGAAGUGGUAGAAUAUGAAGAAGGAUUGGCUGAGAAAACAAAGAUUUGUGGGCAAUGCAGAGUUCCUAUGGAGAAGUUUGUUGUCUACAAAUGUGAGGCGUAGAGAGUGUUUUAUCUAAGGUUAACAGCACUAUAGUAAUAUAGAUAUAAUUUGCUGUUGUUAGUGUGUUUUUGACCCUUUUAAGUGAGUUGUGUGAGAUCAUCUAA